UACUGUACAGACGACAGUUCGCCUAAAGUCUGCGUAGUGGCUGAAAAUAUAUAUAUAUAAUUAUAAUAAAGUUACAAUAAAUUAAGUUAAUAUAUAAUUAUAUAUACUUAAUAUAUAAUACAGUAUCUAAUUUAUAUAUAAUUUAUAUAUAAUACUGUACAGAUGAUAGUAAAUUCUCCGUAGCGCGGCACUUAAUGGCGCAGAAAGUAGUUUGACUGCCCAAUGACGUUUUACGUAAUUAUAGGAGUUUUUUUACCUUUUUUUUCGGAUACUGUCACAAUUUUUUUGCAGUUUUACAGAAAUCGUAAUUAUAGGAACCGUAAUUUUAGGGGAGUCUACUGUAUAUAGAGUAAACUGUGACAGUUACGCCAAUUGAAAUUCUGACUGCCACAGCUUGCAAAUCAGUUGUUAUUUGUACCGGUAAUCCCUGGAAUGAACUUAUUUUAAAUACAUCCCUAGUUCCACUUGCACAUAGUGCAUAUCAGCAGAAAAAAAAAAAGUGACUUAGAGAUAGAGACUGAACUUUCGGACAAGGGAAAACAAAUCAAGGAAGUGAAAGAAGCCACAUCUCCCUAUGCGCUUAGGUAUCAAGGUUGGUUGGUUGGUUAAUAUUUUUUGGCAGAAGGGCCACAUAGGUCAUGCUGUGCCACAAUAACUGGUAUAAAUAAAUAAAAUAAUAGCUAUAUGAUGUAAAAUAAACAAAUAAUAAAAGAAGACAUGUAAUGAGUAACAAGAAAUAUAACAACAAGAUCUAUAUAUAAAUAAUAAAUAAAUAAAUAGUUGGGACUGACAGAUUCCAUUUUUGCUCUUCGCCUAUAGAGAAGUACCAAAUUGCACGACUGGAAUCUCCCCGUUCAGACUUCUAUACGGGAGGGAGGCACGUGGACCUCUCAGUCCUCAAAUUUACUUGGGCCGAAGAGAUCCCCCUUCCCCUUAACAUGUCAUGUUCAGCUGCUGAUUACCUGCAAGAUCUUAAGUGUAGACUGGAGACAAUGGCGCAUCAGGCUGCGUUAACGGCGAACGGAAAACAAAGGGCGUAUGCCAAGCACUUUAACCAAAGGUCAUCAAUAAGAAGGUUUGGAGUCGGAGAUCAGGUCAUUCUACUAAUCCCCGACUCAGGUAACAAAAUUUAUGCAUGUUGGACCGGCCCCGGCAAAGUAGUACAAUUUUGCUUUCCACAUUCAUACAAGGUCAAGCUACCCAGGAACAAUGUUAGACAGGUGCACGUUAAUAAGAUCCGGAAGUAUUAUCCUAAAGUGAGCGCUAUCAAAGUAAUAUUUGAAGAGAGAGCAUUUUGGAAUGUUCACCCUACCCCAAAGAUCGACGAUGAGGUAACCUUCGAAGUGACACUAGCACAUCAUUGUUUUGAUCACCUCAGUCACACUUGGCAAACGCAGAUUAAGGGCCUGUUAGAAAAGCAUCGUUACCUAUUCAACAAGAGGGUGCAUAUUGCAAAGGUAGGCGAAUACAAGAUCAGGUUGAGCCCGGGUCAGACAAAGAAGAAACCGUACUUAUACAGAAUUCCCAAGACCUUGAAGCCCAAGGUAGACGAGCAGAUUGAGAAACUCCUACGCUUGGGGUUGAUAGAGGAUAGCAUUGCAGAGAUAGCACAUUCGAUGUGUGUGUGUGAGUAAAAGAAAUGAGGACAUGCGGCUGUACGUAGAUUACCGCUCACUUCACGCGAUCACGAUAACCAAUGACUUUCCUACAGAAAAAGUCUUCCAAUUGAUUAGUUGCAUCGAUGCAGCAAACAUCAUCACUACUCUAGACCUGUUGAAGGGCUACUGGGCGAUCCCAUGGAGGUCGAAAACAGAGACCUAACAUCUUUUAAGACACACAGAAAACAAUAUCGUUUCAAGGUCAUGGCAUUUGGUUUAAAGAAUGCUGCAGCCACCUUCCAUAGGGAGAUGAACAAAGCCUUAGCUCAAUUUUAAAAUUUUGCACGGGCAUACAUUGACGACAUUGCCGUCUUCUCUAACGACUGGGAUACACACCUGAAGCAUCUAUAUAAGGUCCUCACGAAAUUGAAAGAACUACACUUCACUAUAAACAUCAACAAAUGCUCAUUCUCUAAGCUUGAGAUUAAGUACCUUGGCCACAUCAUUGGCUCAGGGAAGCACCACACAAAUCCUGACAAGGUUCAAGCCAUCUCGCAGUUGCCUGUACCUAGGAACAAGAGGCAGCUAAAGAGCCUCUUGGGUCUAUGCAAUUUUUAUAGAAAAUAUAUUCCCAAUUAUGCUACCAUAGCCCACACACUCACAGAGCUGACCAAAAGGAAGAUUCCCGACACCUUGCCCUGGACCAGGGUUCACAAUGUUGUAUUUCGCCAUCUGAAGACAGCCCUAAUG